AAGAAAAAACCCAACUAAAAAUUUAUUAAAUACUCUCUUACCCCUACCCCUCUUUCUCUCUCCCAUUCUUCCUGCCAGAUCUUUACCUUGCAGACCAAAUCUGGGCACUGAUCUACCGAACUCUUACCAAAAAUCGUCCGAUCCUCUUCGUUUUUCUGCCUGAUUCAGCUCUGGAAUCACGUGGGUCAAAUUUCUUGUUUCAUUUUUUGAGGAAACUUCUUUGAUUUUCGAUUCUUGUAGCUCGCUGUAAUGGAGCUAGGGCACGUUUGAUUUGUUCCGGUUCUCUUAAUUGCUGGGAUGUGUACUGGGAGAAGUUAAUUUUCCAGUGAUUUGAUUGGGUUUGUCUUUGAAAUUAAGUGGAAUUGGAGAAUAGAAUCAAGAUGCCGUGGACUUCCUCUUUGGUGAAUUACAGCAGCAAGUGUGUUCGCUUGGUGGUCUUCUUUCGUGUCAUUCUGUAAUUUGUUUUGCAUUGGAGGAAAUUAAAACGUUGACUUUGUUAGUCUAUCUUACUUUUGCGGUUAAUUCACUUUUAUAUUACUGGUUGGAGGAGUGAGAAUGUACAUUGGUAUAACGGGAAAGAGAAGCAGAGCUGUUGAGGAAAUUGGGAAAGUUAACAUGAGUGUUGGAAUCAUUGCCUACUACCAAGUGAUGCAAGUUUGCCAGGCUGAGUACUUCCGCCAGUUGCUAAAACCUGUCACGUAGGAUAACAUUGCAAAAAGUAUUUGGACAUUGGGGAGUUGGGUGGACUGGCCUCCAGUUGUGCUAGAGUGAAGAAAUGAGAUAUUUCUUUCCUGUUUGUCUUUAAUUUGAUAUAAAGAUCUUGCUUAAAUUUAAAUGGCAACAUAUAGAGUUGCUGUGUAGUCUUCUCGUUAGUUAACAUCCCAUUUUAAUUUUCGUAAUAUAAUAGCAACCUCUCCUGGGAGAAGACACGAUAACCUGAAGUUUGGAGAGUUUCCCGUUUGUUUGUUUCUUUUACAUGGAUUUCAUGCAGAGUGACCUCAACUUUUACCUCAAGAAGGCAACGCAUCCCACAGCAACCCAGGGGGAUGAUAAUCAUAUGCAGAUUCCUCUGUCAUCUGCCUUUCCUUCUGUUUUACCUCCUGGGAGAAAGAACUUGGGACCUUUCAAUACUGUUGAGUUUCAACCUUCUGAAGUUUGUCCCCAAAAUUUCAUCAUCUUUGACCACACUGACAAUCGAAGUCAAAUCAUGUUUCAUCCUGCAAUUGCCAACAAACUCAGUGGUCCUACUGCAAAUAUGUGCUCAAAGUAUAUCCAAAAGAACUUCUGCGUCAAUGACAACCAUUACGAAGAUAGAGAAAUAUCAUCUCCUUUGAUGGAGGAUUUGGACGAUAUUGAUGCAUUAUUGAGCUUGGAAAACGAAAAUCAUGAAGGCCUUGAUGGAUCUGAAGAUGACGAGGUCAGCACUGCAAGAUCUCAUUUGAACUAUGGGAAUCAAUCCCCCGAUUCUUCAUCCUCCUCCACUUAUAGUUCAAAACCCAGGAAGAAUCACUCAUUUAAUCCUGUCCACAAGUCGUCAAGCAGUGGAAGCAGCUGUAGCAGCGACAUGAAACAAUUAAAACUGAAGAAAAUGGUGAGAAAACUGAGAGAGAUUCUCCCUGGUGGUUACCAAAUGACGACAGUCACUGUUCUGGACGAAGCUGUCAAAUACCUGAAGUCUCUGAAGGACGAAGUGCAGAAACUUGGAGUCGGGGGCUUGGAGAACUAAGGCUCCAAGUACGCCUUAUGGUUGCAUCAGCUAUAGAACUCUGUAAGGAUAUAUCCUGAUUUUCUCUCUGCCACCUAUUAAAAUAAAGAGGAUUCCCAUAAUGUUUCACCUCACAAGAGAUUAUUAUUCGUUCUUCUGAAUGUUUCGAGUUUCGUACACCUGUGUGAAUGUGGAACCAAGAUUUCUUGUCAGGCUCCACCAGGACUAUGUUAUUCAUGUUUUGCUUCCAUCUCUAGAAGUUCUGGGAUUGAUCUGCUGUUUCUAUUGGCAUUUGUUGUAUUUGCCGAAUGUUAUCUUUGAUUUAA